AUGGGCGACUUUUCGACCGUCGGUAUUCCAGGGUCCAUUGUAUCGAAUGGAGAGGAGCAUGAAAAGGAGCGUAUGUUUCCUGUCAUGUUUUUUGACGGCCGCCCUUUUCCUGCCAAGAGUGCUAUUAUGUGGAUUGAAGCCAGAGAGUUGCGUGCCUUUGACCUCAAGCGGGAGCCUAAGCUUGUUCCUCACACCAAAGCAAUUCGGGGAUACCUCAAAUCAAGGGACUGGUCUGAGGACGAGGAAGACACAGACGAAGAAUCCGAGGAAGAUCCCGAAGGAGACCCUGAAGGAGACACAGAAAACGACGCGGAAGGAAACACAGAGGGAAACGCAGAGGGAAACGCAGAAGGAGACACAGGAAAUGAUACGGAACAAAACGUAAACCAAGACGUAGAAAACAAUGCGGAAGAUGAACAAACCAGAGUCGACUCGCAAUUGCAGGAAGACUCAGGAUCUGAACCUCAACAGACGGAUCCCGAGGAGCCUCGUGAGAUACAGCCCCCGGAGGAAGACACUGGAAUCCUCGAGCAAGCAACAGAGGAAGAGGAACAUCCAAAUAGUAAAGAUGCCCAGGACUCCUGA